AUGAAGCCUAUAGCCUAUGCUGCUUUCUCCAUUUGUCUGGCUCUCAUUUUGGCCAGAUUCCUUAGAAUACACAUAAGUUUUGUGAGAAGUCAGAAGAACCACACACUAGUUUUCACUAAGGAAAACACAAUUCAUAACUGCAGCUGUUCCAUGCCUAUCCGUGACUGCAAUUACUGCCUGGCAAACUUGAUGUGCAGCUGCAAAACAGUGCUGCUUUCUACCAUGGGAAAAAAUACCUACAACAGCCACCUGACCAUCUGGUUCACAGACACCUCUCUGUGCUGGAGAUGGUCCUCAGCUUGUGAAGUUGAGACUUACAUGGAUUUGAAGCUGUCCUUCUCUGGCACCACUCCUCUCCCAAUGGAAUAUUUGUACAUUUAGGGACUUUGAAAGCUCCAGGUAAACAAGGUCAAGGGACAAUAUCCAGAGCAGAGCAUAACUAUCUCCAGCAGCAGCAACAAUGACAAAGAAGACUUGCUUGAGCUCUCACUUUUCAAUGGAUAUUCAUUGCUGAAGUCAUACAGUGUGGAAAAUAUCUCUAGUAUCAUUAAGCACUUUCCCAGCCUGCUGUACUCUGAUGUUUUCUCAACUUCAGACAAUGAGAGCUAUGUUGUAACAUUCAUUUACUGAGUUAUUUAACACAGUCAGUAGUGAGAGGCAUGGGAGGCUACUAAGAGUGAUGGGAUGCCUUUGUCUGGUUUGUCCAGGAGGAUGUGAGAGAACUCCACAAGGAGGUGUUUGAAGUAAGAGACUCAUCAGAUUAAUUCAGCAAAGUCUUUCUUAAAGAACAAAAUAAAUGAGAAACAACUGUUUUCCAAAGUAUUGUUAGAUUAUUUUUUUUUGUUUAUAUAUUCUAGGCCAACAAUUAAAAUCUGCAGAUAAAUUUUGUUUUCAGGUUUUGCCUUGACAGAAAAAGGCAUAACCAUGUAGCUCCCAUUGCAGAAGAAUCCAAGCCCCCCAGAGAAUCACUCCAACAGCAGCUUAGCAGAUCACAGAAUACUCUGGGUUGGAAGGGACCCACAAGGAUCAUCAAGUUUAACCCUUAGGUGAAUGGCUCAUAUGGGGACUGAACUCAGGACCUCGGUGUUACUAGCACUCAGCUAAUCUCAGCAUCAUCUUCAACAGAGUCCCCUGCUGUCAGCUCGACUGCUUCUGGGAUCAGACCAGGCAGCUCAGCAGUUGGGUCCUGAAAGCUGCCAAGGAUGGAGCCUGCACAAUCUCAUUGAGCAACCUGCUCCACUGCCUUGCCUUGUCCUCACUUGCAAGCUUUUUUCCAUGUGUGAACCUUAGCCUUCCCUUCUCCAGGCUGAGCAUGCCCUGUUCUCUCACACUUUCCUCACAAUCACGUGUACCAGCCCCUGCCCAUCUGGAUGAAUCUCCACUGGACCACUUCAGCUGAUCUGUAUUUUUCCAGGGAAAGGCUGCAACCUGCAUGAUGGAUGUGCUGACACCUGCAAUUUCCCCAAAUGGAAGGAGCUUCAACUUUUGUGAUAAUGGCAAACUGCUCAUGUUCUCCCAUACGAGAGAUGAGAAAUACUCCAUACAAUGACUCUCAUCUGCCAAGGGAGGUGAGGCUUUGGGCAGACAAUUUUCAGAUGUGUUGCAUGAGAAAGGUUGUCAUCCCCUGAAUAACAUACACCAGGACUAUUAAAAUAGCCCAAAGUCUGCUCCUUGACUAUGUCUGCAGGUUUUGAAUUCUGUGAGAUAUGACUAACGUUAAAAAUAGGUUAGAAACUGUUGUAAAAUAGUUGAUAG